CGGAGGCGCUGCUGCCGAGUGCGGGAACCCAAGUUCAGGGGGACGGCGCGUUACGAUGCGUGCAUCGGAUCGGUUUACGUGUGAAUGCAGCCAUAAGCGGCGAUCGAGGCGAUAUUAAUAUUUGGUUCCCCGGUUAAUAUUUGCCAGAUUGUGCUGUAAGCUUCCUUCUUACUCUCUAGGCUCCCGAUGCAGCGGACGGUGGCUGUCCUUGGUGGCGGGGUGAGCGGCCUGGCUGCCUGCUACUACCUGGCCAGAAGCCACCAGGCACCCAAGGUCAUUCUCCUGGAAGGAAGCAGCCGUCUCGGAGGCUGGAUCCAUUCCACGCGUACAGAGGAUGGGGCAGUUUUUGAGCAUGGGCCCAGAGGGAUCCGUCCUGCUGGAGCUGUGGGGAAAAACACCCUACUUAUGGUCUCUGAACUUGGCCUCGAAGCAGAUGUCCUUCCCGUCCGUGGGGACCACCCGGCCUCCAAGAACCGGUACCUCUAUGUCGGUGGGUCCCUGCACAGACUCCCCUCUGGGAUUAGUGGCCUUCUCCGGACGGUCCCACCUUUUACUCGCCCCCUGGUUUGGAGUGGGCUGAAAGACCUGAUGGCCCCCCGUGGCUCUGAGGCGGAUGAGAGCAUUCACGCCUUCGUGGGGCGCCGCUUUGGCCAGCAGCUGGCCGACAUCGUCAUUGACUGCCUCUGCCGGGGGGUGUUUGCCGGGGACUGCCGGGUGCUGAGCAUACGCUCCUGUUUCCCAGUGUUGUUCCAGGCGGAGCGGACGCACCGUUCAGUCAUCUUAGGCAUGGCUCUCGGUGGAGGAAAAAGCCUCCCGGUGGAGUCUCCACUGAUUGGCCGGGCCCAGAAGGAGCGCUGGAGCCAGUGGUCGCUGCGCAGUGGGAUGGAGGCCCUGCCCGAAGGCUUGGCGGACUUCUCGAAGCGUCGUGGGGUGGAGAUCCACCGAGAUGCCUCCGUGAAGCGGUUAGAGACAACAGCGGCUGGCGGCUGGCAGAUAGCCCUGGAGGAUGGUGUGGUGGAGGCCGAUCACGUGAUCAGCGCAUUGCCUGCCAAAGCUCUCGCCGCGUUGCUCCCAAGCUGGGCUGAGCCGCUGAGCCAAGAGCUGUGCGCCAUCCCGGCGGUGUCUGUGGGGGUCGUGAACCUUCAGUACAAAGGUGUGGAGCUUCCCGUCACGGGCUUUGGACACCUGGUGCCCUCCUUUGAAGACAGCACCCUCCUGGGCAUCGUUUACGAUUCUGUUGCCUUCCCUGAACAGGACGGCUCCGGUGGACCUGCCAUUCGACUUACAGUGAUGCUGGGGGGUGCGUGGUUCACACCCGGCCUGGGGGACCCAGACACCAUCUCUGAUGCUACCCUGGUGAGAAGAGCACAGGCGGCCGUGAAGAAACAGCUGGGGUUGUCCGCUGAGCCAUCUCACACGAUUGUCAAGGUGCACAAGGCGUGCAUUCCGCAGUAUACCCUUGGUCACUGGAAACACAUAGAGGCCAUCACUGCUUACCUAGACAAGAAGAAGCUGCCCCUCAGCCUAGUUGGGGCCUCUUACGAGGGAGUGUCUGUCAACGACUGUAUCUUCAGUGCCCGGAAGGCCGUGGCCAAACUUCUCGGCGAACCAUCCUGAGAGGCGGGGAAUCCUCUUUUCCUCAGCUUUGGGACUCCUGUGCCAAAUCUCGUUCAGCUGCCACCAGGUUGGCUGCUGUGAGACAAACUUCCCAGUACAGGGAAAUUGAGGAUUUCUGUCAUCGGACUUGGGAGGCUCAUAUUUCAAAAGAACUGUUCAGAGGUGAACAUUUUGGGUCCGAAUGCUGCUUCUCCCUCUUCCUUGCAACAGAAGUGUACUUAAGGCAGAGAGAGGAACAUGGUCUCCACCACCCCGAAAACCCACAGCAGACCUGGCCUCCUUGUUGUACGUCUCUGUCCCAUAAUUAAAAUUCUAUUCUGUUCAAUGGAGAGGAGUCCAGAUCUGGACUUUGUCAGAAUUUUGCAUGGGCGCCAUUUUAUUUUAUUUU